AUGAGGGAAAGGAGGACAGUAGACUCUUCUAGUUCGGCUGCAGAUCCGAGUGAAGGGAUGGGGACUUUAAGGCUGAAGCGAGAGGUUGGACUGAUUAGCGCCGUGUCGUUAAUUGCUGGAACCAUGAUAGGGUCUGGGAUCUUUAUGUCUCCAGAGUGGGUGCUGUACCAUAUGGGUAGCCCUGCAGGCAGUCUCAUCAUCUGGGCUGCUUGUGGUCUGCUGGUCAUGUUUGGAGCCCUGUCUUAUGCUGAGCUUGGGACCAUAAUUAAAGAGUCAGGUGGGGACUAUAUUUAUAUCUUAAGGAAUUUUGGCUCUCUUCCUGCUUUUCUUUUCGCAUACACUUCCAUCAUCGUGGUAAGGCCUGCCAGCAUGGCAGGUGUCUCUUUAAGCUUUGCCAAAUAUGCUGUUGCUCCAUUUUACCAAGGAUGCUCAACCCCUGAGGUAGUGGUCAAGUGUACGGCCGCUAGCUGUAUCCUGCUUUUAACCAUCAUUAAUUGUCUCAAUGUGAGGCUGGCCACAGCCAUUAUGAACAUAUUUACAGCGGCCAAACUGUUAGUUUUGCUGGUCAUCGUGAUAGGCGGAGUGGUGUUGCUCAUCAAUGGACAUACACAAAGUUUCCAGGAUGCCUUUCAAAACACAACUACAGGUAUUGGGCCAGUUGGAGUGGCAUUUUAUCAGGGACUGUGGUCCUAUGAUGGAUGGAACAACCUGAAUUUUGUGACCGAGGAACUUAAGAAGCCUGAAGUGAACCUUCCAAGAGCAAUGAUGAUUGCCAUUCCUUUGGUGACAUGCCUAUAUUUGCUGGUAAACGUGAGCUACUUCGCAGCCCUGACUCCAGCUGAACUUCUGUCUUCGGGCGCUGUGGCCGUCAGCUGGGGGAAUAAAGUCCUGGGCAACUGGGUCUGGGUGAUCUCCUUGUCAGUUGCGCUGUCUUCAUUUGGGUCAGCGAAUGGAACAUUUUUCAGUGGAGGCCGUGUGUGCUAUAUUGCUUCAAGGGAAGGCCAUAUGCCAGAUAUUCUGUCCAUGGCUCAUGUGAGAUGCCUCACGCCUUCCCCUGCUCUGAUAUUUACAUCAGCCAUGGCUUUAAUAAUGAUAAUACCAGGAAACUUCAGCAGCAUAGUAAACUUCUUCAGUUUUACAGCUUGGCUUUUCUAUGGCACAACUAUUGCUGGUCUCCUGUACUUAAAGAUUAAGAAACCGGAACUGCCAAGAUCAUAUAAGGUUCCAAUUAUUAUACCAAUAAUUGUGCUGAUUGCAUCUGUGUACCUGGUGCUGGCUCCAGUCAUCGACCAACCACAGAUCGAGUUCUUCUAUGUCAUCCUAUUCAUCCUUAGUGGUAUCAUUGUUUACUUCCCAUUAGUUCAUUACAAACGCCAUCCCCAGUUUUUACAGAGAAUCACUUUGCAUCUCCAGCUGCUCCUGGAAGUUGCCCCGACUGCUAAGAACACGAACUGAUUUAACAUUCACUGUACUAUACUGUUGGCUGCUCCUACUUAUUUAUUCCAAUAUUGAAGACCAUAUUUGUUUGAGAUAUAUGUGCAAAAUAGCUUGUUCAUAGGGAAAGCAGAAUAACUACAUUAAGUAGAUUGGAAGAAAAUGGAACAAAAACAUCUGGUAGAUAGAUAUGGGCCAAUGGAAGAUUCCUUGUGUAUUUUCUGGGGAGACAUUCUCCCUUCCACACAUACAUUCUGGACCCCCUGCCAUUGCUGAAGACUCCACAGUGCAUCAUGUAUAUUUCUAUCCUGGCAAAGAGGAAGAGGAAUUCUCAUGAAGGAUUCAUACUUUUAUUCAAUCAAGGAAAUAAAGUCUUAUCACUGGUAACGUACCAUUAUCCCUGCAGUAGGCUACAGCCAUGAGCCAGCUUCUCCCAGCAGGCCCUUUAAGUUACUUCUACCCAGCUCUGCCCAGACUGGCGCCACAGCCUUACAAAUAAACCGUAGGGGCAGGGAGGAACCUUCCACAGCAAAACAUCCUUUGCUUCCCAACCAUCUCUGCUGGACUGAGGUUUUCCCAGUGCUCCUCCACAGUUCAGAGGCAGACCAGUUCAGUCUCCCUGAUCUGAGAGAGAAUCACCAGCAGGCAGUCCUCUGCUUACCUGUGUCUCUCCUGUUAGGAGGGUAGAGGCAGAUUAUAUGCUUCCCUCUUUCCCCGAACUUGCCCUGAUUGGCUGAGAGGGGGAGGAGGCCUGUCCUACCCUACAUGACUAGGCCCCUUGAGGUCCUAAGUACUAAAGAGAACCAUAGUUUAGGGGUUUUGCAGACACCAGCUAUUAAUUGGAUAUUAAUAGAAAUUAUGGGAUUAAUUUCUCCCCCUCUGCCUCUGUUGGUCAGUAUGUCUGUGCCUGCCACAGAACUCCUGGACCAGGGGAGCUCCCCGUAGACGUCCCCUUCUGACCUUGUCACAGUGCCUUUCUGCUGAUCGUGCCAGUGCCAUCCCUCUG